GCAAUGGUAGAGACAAGACAGAGAAGGGCAGAGAGGCUGGCUGAGAGGCAAAGGAAGUGCUAAAUUCCCUGGUAGCCCUCUGUACUUGUCUGUACGUACCUCCCAGGAUGCCUACUUGCAGAAAUAAGGGAAAUUGAUCCACUCUUCCCCAUCAGCUCCAGAAGCAGGUUUGCUCAGACAAAUACGGUGAAAUCUAUCCCUUCUCUGAACUCCAAAGUCCAGAGGUAGAAAGCGUCAGAGCUAAAGAUGUCCAGCUUCUCAGGACCUAUCAAAUCCACAAUCAUAUGGUGUAUUGUCUUGUUUGCAGUCCUGGCAUGGGCGGAGGAGACCUCCAUGUAUGGGGAAAUUUUAUCCCCUAACUAUCCCCAGGCAUACCCCAAUAAUGCAAAUAAGACCUGGAAGAUCACAGUUCCUGAUGGGUAUGGCAUUCAUCUCUAUUUCACUCAUUUGGACAUGGAGUUAUCAGCCAACUGCGAGUAUGAUUUUGUGAAGAUUAUGUCCGGAGACCUUGUGGAAGGAGUACUCUGUGGGCGGAAGAGUAGCAAGAACCCCAGUUAUAGUCCAAUAGUGAAGGAGUACCAUGUACCAUAUAACCGUCUCGAUGUGAUCUUUAACUCAGACUUCUCGAAUGAAGAGCGUUUCACAGGAUUUGCUGCUUAUUAUGUUGCCAUAGAUAUAAAUGAGUGCACAGAUUUUAACGAUAGCCCUUGUAGUCAUUUCUGCAACAACUUCAUUGGUGGUUACUUUUGCUCCUGCCCUCCGGAGUACUUCCUCCAUGAUGACAUGAAAAAUUGUGGAGUGAAUUGCAGUGGGAAUAUGUUUACUGAUCUAACUGGGGAGAUCACCAGUCCUAACUAUCCCAGUUUAUAUCCUGAGAACUCUCGCUGUGACUACAGGGUCUUUUUGGAGAAAGGCUUUCAAGUGGUGGUGACUAUUAAGAGAGAAGAUUUUGAUGUAGAAGCAGGUGAUUCAGAAGGAGAUUGUCCGGACAGCCUGCUUUUCACUGCAGGAGGCCAGCAGUUUGGGCCCUACUGUGGUAAUGGAUUCCCUGGGCAGCAAAUAAUUGAAACCAAGGACAAUGUUCUUGAUAUCAUCUUCCAAACUGAUGAAACAGGGCAAAAAAAGGGCUGGAAACUUCGUUACUAUGGAGAUCCAAUGCCAUGUCCUAAAGAAUUUACAGCCAACUCUAUUCAGGAGCCUGUAAAGGCCAAAUAUGUGUAUCAGGAUACUGUGAAGAUAACUUGUCUGGAAGGGUUUGAAGUGGUAGAGGGAAGAGUCAGCUCAACAUCCUUCUAUUCAACUUGUCAAAGUAAUGGACAGUGGAGUAAUUCCAACCUAAAAUGCAAACCGGUGGACUGCGGCAUCCCAGAACCCAUUAAAAAUGGGAAAGUAGACAAUACAGAAUAUACCUUGUUUGGGGCGGUGAUUCAAUAUACCUGCAACGAGCCAUAUUAUUCCAUGAAGACUGAAGGGACUGAGGAGUAUCGUUGUGCUGCCAACGGGACCUGGGUGAACAAGGUGUUAGGCAUGGAGCUGCCUCAGUGUGUAGCAGUCUGUGGAGUUCCCAGUCAUCCCUUUUCAGAAACCCAGAGGAUUUUUGGGGGCAAAAAGGCAGAUAUUGGCAGUUUCCCCUGGCAAGUAUUCUUUCAGUAUCCAAGAGCUGGCGGAGCCCUCAUCGAUGAACACUGGGUGUUAACUGCUGCCCAUGUAGUAGAAGGGAACACCAACCCUAUUAUGUACAUGGGAACCACCAGGGUUGAUCGUGCAGCUCUGGAGGAGGCCCAGCUGCUCAUUGCUGAUGGUAUCUUUACUCAUCCCAACUGGAGUCCUGUUGCUAACCUAGAGACAAGGAAGAAUUUUGACAAUGACAUCGCACUCAUACGCCUAAAAGACCCAGUAAAGAUGGGACCUAAUGUUUCCCCCAUAUGCCUGCCAGGCACUUCACCAGAGUAUGACCUCAAGUAUAGGACCCUGGGAAUGAUCUCAGGCUGGGGCCAAGCAAACAGACGCUUAAAUGUUGUUGAACUGAGAGGGACACGAUUGCCUGUGGCUCCCCUGGAGAAGUGUCAGUCGGUAAAGAGCGACGACCCCACAGUAGAUAUCAGCACCUUUAGUUUUACCAGUAACAUGAUCUGUGCUGGAGGAGAGAAGGGGAGUGAUAGUUGUAAAGGAGACAGUGGUGGGGCCUUUGCUGUACAGGUCCCUAAUCAAGAGAACACUAAAUUCUAUGUGGCUGGCCUGGUGUCCUGGGGACCUAAAUGUGGUACUUAUGGGAUCUACACUAAAGUAAAAAAUUAUAUUUCCUGGAUUGAGAAGACUAUGCAGGAAAAUAGGGUCUCUGAUCAGGAUUAAUCUAUUCUUCUAUCACCUACCUCUCUGGAUUAUCAUCCUUCCCCAGUGUUUCAUGUGACUGUGGGGAGUAAGAAUGGAAGAGAUAAGUGUGUGUGAUGAGAUGGAGUAUAUUGUUGAAUCUGAAAUGUCCAACCAUAUGUAUUCUUCUGUUGUAAUGGCACCUGGUUAGAUCACUCUUAUCCUUGGAGACUUUCUAUUGGUUCAUGUCAUUCUUUUGACUGCUGUCUAAUCCUAUCACAAUAAGGAACAAGCCUAAAAGAACUCUCUUGCCCCUAGUCCUGAAUUUUGCCAGCUCUGAUAGUAAGUGACUGAUGGAGACGCUAGUUACCUCCCUUGUCCACCUCCUCCUCCAUUCACAGUUAUAGUUAAUGAAUCAUUCUUAAAAUUCAAUAAUUAGCCACAAUAAAGUGUGAUUCCACUCCAA